AUGAAUAUAAUUCAGUAUUUUUUGACGUUCAUAUCGUUGGUACAUUGUGAUGCGGCAAGGAUACUGGCGUUUCUUACUAUGCCAUCACUCAGUCAUCAUCUCACAUUCCGACCGCUUACUGAAGAACUGGUAAAACGAGGACAUGAAGUCGUUGUAGUCACCACAGACCCGGCCUAUCCUGCAGGAAAAACUCCAGAAAAUCUCACAGAAGUAGACUUGCACGAUAUUUCUUACAAGACUUAUAUCAAAAUUUUUAGUAAGAACAUAAAGGGUCAAAAUAACGUAUAUGUUCAAUGCACAUCUUUAAUAGACGCAUUAAUGCAAGUCUUUGAGGUCCAAUACAGAAGUGAUGUAGUACAAAAACUACUCAAAGAUGAUAAAAAAUUUGAUGUAGUGAUUACAGAAUCGACUUACAGAAUAACAGUGUUAUUGGGUCAUGUGUUAAAAGCGCCUGUUAUAUUAUUGAGUUCAUUUGGUUUUGGUGUAACUAAUGCUGAAACCAUGGGAGCUCCUGUUCAUCUAAUGUAUCCGAGCGUCUUAAGACAGAGAGUCAAAAAUCUUACUUUGAUAGAACAAAUAACGGAGACUUACAAAGAAGUAUAUUUAACAAAAUUGAUCUACGCUCAUGAAGAAGUGGAGAAUGCACUAAUAGAGAAAGUGGAGCCUGGCAGUCCAACUAUGUCAGAAUUGUUCGAGAACUCCAAUUUGUUUUUGGUCAAUGCACAUCCGAUUUGGGAGUCCAAUCGACCUGUUCCUCCAGGAAUCGUAUUUUUGGGUGUCGUGUUUCAGAAAACCAACACAGUUCUGCCGCAGGAUCUGAAAAAACUCUUGGAUAACUCUAAGAAUGGUGUUAUUUAUAUUAGUUUUGGCACUACAGUCCAGGAAAGACAAUUGCCAAUAGAAAAGAUUCAAAUAUUCAUCAAAGUAUUUUCUGAAUUGCCGUAUGACGUCAUUUGGAAAUGGAAUAGCGCCGACAAACCCCAAGCACCAGAAAAGAUUCAGUUCGUGAAAUGGGUUCCGCAGCCGGAUCUGUUGAAACAUCCAAAUUUGAAACUAUUCAUUACCCAUGGCGGGAUUCAUUCUACUUACGAAUCCAUUAUGUUCGGAGUACCAUUCAUAACCAUACCGAUGCAUUUAGAUCAAUAUUUCAACGCGGAUCACUGCGUUCAACACGGAGUCACUAAAAAGUUAAAUUUUGAAACGAUCACUGAAGAUAUCUUGAAGGAUUCCAUAACCACGAUUGUUACAGAUAACAGGUACCGAAAGAACAUGGCCAAACUGAAUACCUGGCUGCACGAUCAACCCCAACCGCCCUUGGAAAAAGCGGCUAUGUGGAUUGAAUAUGCAAUUCGGAACAAUGGAACAAGGCACAUACGUGCCCCCGCCGCCAAUAUGCCUUGGAAGCAAUAUUUCUUAUUUUUUUUUUUUUUUUAUUGCUUAUUAGCAGCAGCUCUCAACGUUAACAUAAACGUGGUCCCCUGUCAAAAAAAUGUUAAUAACGAUGAAUCAAAGGCGAUAGUGGAAGCUGACGAUACUCAAUCUACGGCUGAGUUAGCAGCAGCUCUCAACGUUAACAUAAACGUGGUCCCCUGUCAAAAAAAUGUUAAUAACGAUGAAUCAAAGGCGAUAGUAGAAGCUGACGAUACUCAAUCUACGUCUGAGUAA